UGCCUUGUCUUUCUUUCUCGCUCGUUUAGGACGCACGCAUGCUUGACGAGCCAGGGUCGAGCUGCAGCCAACGCAUCACACUUUUGCAUUCUUACGUGCGCGGUUUCCCCGCAAGAUUUGUGUGUGUGUGUGUGUGUGUGUGUCCCCUUCGCUCCGAUCUGGACCGACAAGCAAAUAUUUGAGCGUUUUUUUUUUUUUUUUGCUGUUUUUUUUACCCACUGGACUCCUAUCUGGACUCGCUGUCUACCAUGUUCGAAACGGAGGGGCGAAGCAUGUCGCGGCUCUCUCUGACCCGGUCCCCGGUCUCCCCCCUUGCCGCCCAGGGCAUCCCACUGCCGGCGCAGCUCACCAAAGCCAACGCGCCCGUGCACAUCGACGUGGGCGGCCACAUGUACACCAGCAGCCUGGCCACGCUCACCAAGUACCCUGACUCAAGAAUUAGUCGCCUGUUCAACGGCACUGAGCCCAUCGUGCUGGACAGCUUGAAACAGCACUACUUCGUAGAUCGCGACGGUGAGAUAUUCCGCUACAUCCUCAGUUUCCUCAGGACCUGCAAGUUGCUGCUUCCUGAAGACUUUAAGGACUUCCAGCUACUGUACGAGGAGGCGCGCUACUACCAGCUGACGCCCAUGAUCAAGGAGCUGGAGCGCUGGAAGCAGGACCGCGAGCAGCGGCGCAUGGCGCAGCCUUGCGACUGCCUUGUGGUGCGCGUCACGCCCGACUUGGGUGAGCGAAUCGCCCUGAGCGGCGAGAAGGUCCUCAUUGAAGAGAUCUUCCCUGAGACGGGAGACGUCAUGUGCAACUCGGUCAACGCCGGUUGGAACCAGGACCCAACCCACGUCAUCCGUUUCCCCCUCAACGGCUACUGCAGGCUCAACUCCGUCCAGGGAAGAAGAGCGGAACGAGCGGGACAAAGCACGUGUGGACUGCGGCCAUGUUUCCUGCGAAAAAAAACCCAGAGAAAACGAACCCAGCAAAGGGCUGGAGGAGAAAAGGGGGGUUGGUUGGUUGGUGCAGCGGAGGAAUAAUAUGCAUAAUUUACUUUUUACUCCUUUUUAAGACAGAACUCCUUUUAUAAAAAUAAAAAAAGGCUUCAAUAUAACAACGCCCAAGGCCAUUGAAAUACACGUAUUGCAUUUUUUAAUACCAUACUUACAAUUUCUCAAACAGCCUCAACCGGUUUAUACUUCUUUUAUAGAUUUUUAAAUGGCUUGCAAUAUAAUUAAUUGGCGGCAUCAACUAACACAACAUUUCCCCACUCUGUUUACCAGCCAGCGUGAUUAUGGGACGAAGGCAGCGCGUCGGAAUAAGACACUUUGAAAGGCACUUGUGCUUUCUAGAUGAGGCGAGCGAGGAUAAAAAUCCAGCUAGCGCCACCAAAUGCUGAUAAACCCAUUUUAUAGAAGUUGUAUCAUAGUUAAGUCUCUCAUUACCUGCACCAGGGCGAUAGCUAAGGGUUUGCCUCUUUGUUUAUUUUUUCAGUUUAUUGGUGUUUAACGACCUUCUACAAUCUUACACAUUGUCACUGUCCCACAAAAAGCAAGUAUCUAUAAUAUAACAGAAAAACAACACGUUAUAACAAUAUAUUUUCUCCCCGUGCCUGCGUGGGUUUUCUCCGGGCACUCCGGUUUCCUCCCACAUCCCAAAAACAUGCAUGGUAGGUUAAUUGACAACUCUAAAUUGCCCGUAGUAGAGAAUGUGAGUGCAAAUGGUUGUUUGUUUAUAUAUGCACCGCGAUUGGCUGGCAACCAGUUCAGGGUGGACCCCGCCUCCUGCCCGAUGAUAGCUGGGAUAGGCUCCAGCACGCCCACGACCCUAGUGAGGAGAAACGGCUCAGAAAAUGGAUGGAUGGAUGUUUAUUACUAAAAAAAAUUAUAAUAAUAAUUUGUAUUUAAUUAUUUAGAUUAUUUCAAACUAUUUGGAGAUGUUUUUUUAAGUUUAAAUGCAUUUACAUUCUCAUUAUUUGUAUUCAUAUAUUUGUGUUUGGACUGACAGUUUUAUACAAUUUAGAUUUAAUUUUUUUUUACAUGUAUGAGUUUACUUGUUUUUCCAUGUACAAUUAUAGAUAUUUUAACAAUUAUUAAAUAUCUAUUAGUUAGGUGCUCUCAUUAAAUUUUGAUUGCAGUCCACAGAGCAAUAUCCAUCCAUCCAUUUUCAACACCGCUUAUCCUGGUUAAGGUCACGGGACGCUGGAGCCUAUCCCAGCUGACUUCGGGCGAAAGGCGGACUACACCCUGAACUGGUCGCCAGUCAGUCGCAGGGCACAUAUAGACACGGACAACCAUUCGCACUCACAUUCACACCGUCACUGAGUGGGAACUGAACCCACGCUGCCUGCAUCAAAGUCAGGCGAGUGUACCACUACACCAUCAGUGACUUCAGAGCAAUAUCGUCAAUGUUUUUUCAAGUAUUGAAAAAAAAAUCCCUAUCCUUUAUAAUGGGUGACAUGCGAGAAAAUAGUGAAACUUGCGUUGUGAACUCCCGAUUAACAUUUAUGUCAAAGUGAAUUUCAUGCAAAUCUGUUCCAAAUUUGCCAGUCUCAAAACUAAAAGAAAGAAAAAAUUAGAAUUAAAAAGUAAAUAUUUUGUUAUUACAUUUGUAAUUACAUUCAGUAGUUUUUCCUGAUUGCCCCACAGAACGCACACAAUUCCUCUGCCUUCUUGUGAGGCAUUCAGGUUCCAUUUUAUUAUGUUUCCAAAUAUGGUUUCCUCUCUAUAUACAGUUGAAAUCAUAAAUUUACACUUGCAACCAGAAGUUUACUUACACGACAGUAUAUAAAAGGAGGGGUGGGAUGUGAUAAAAAAAUGAAUUAGAAGCUUUCUAAUUAAUUAAUCUCGAUUUAUCGCAUUUUGAUUGUAUAUCAGUAUUCAUUCAAAAAAGCAACAUGAUUUACUUUAAAUGGAUUUUAGUGAAUGACUGAAUCCAAUAAUUGACACUAUUGUAUAUUGUUUUCAAUACAAAACAGUAGAAAAAUGUAGAGAAAAUGUCCCUGGCCAAAAUUAAAUACAUUUUAAAGUUUAAGUGCCAAAAGUCAAUGUUUUGGAGUGGCCAUCCCAACGCCCUGAUCUCAAUCCUAUUGAAAAUUUAUGGACAGACCUGAAAAGGCAAGUGCGAGCAAGGUGGCCUACGAACCUGGCUCAGUUACACCAGUUCUGUCAGGAGGAAUGGGCCAAAAUUCCUGCCAACUAUCGUGAGAAGCAUGUGGAAGGAUAUCCAAAACGUUUGACCCAAGUCAUAAAGUUUAAAGGCAAUGGUACCAAAUACUAAUGAAAUGUAUAUUAACUUCGGAAUUUGAAGAAAGUAACGAAAAAUUGUUUAAAAGUCCUGUAUUUUGCCAAACCAACGUUUUGUAGUAAGGGAUGGGAUCUAAUAUUGUCUCUAUAUGCCUUCAUAAAGUGUGAAAUAUGAGUUAAAAUUGUCCACGCAUUCCUGAGCUCCAGACGUUUUUCUGCCAAGAUGCCUGAAAUCAGGUUAUUCGAAUUUCUCCAGCUUAUCUAGUCACUAGCAAAGAUCUCCGCCUACCUCUCCGCUCCCGAGCCAGCGCUGUCAACAUACUGUAACAAACACGUGUGCUCUCACAAGUGGGUUUUCUACACGGAGGAAACCAAUCACAGGAAAGGGGGCGGUCUUAGCCAAAUAUGGACAAAGCGGUUAUAAAACUGCAUCAAACAGAAGUAGCUGUCAGAGGGUCCAUGUUAGAGAGUCACUCCAUGGAGAUCUAAAAAGCCAAAAUAUGGGACCUGUAAAAAAAAAAUUCUCUUAUUGUUCUGGCAUUUAGCAAAUAGAAAUCAUUUUGGUCGUCCUAAUUGACAUAAAACUGGAAACAUUUAGUCUGAGUUCAUGUCAGACAGUGAGAAAAAAAGUAUAAAGUAUGUGUCUUUUUAUAUAAUGUAUGUAAACAUCUGGUUUCAACUGAUACAUACAGUAAGUCCAGACUCUGGCUUCAUGGAGUCAAAGACACGUGGUACGUUUCAGCAUAACGAGAGCUCUUCCAAACAAGUCCGCCCCCAUUGUUCCCACUGGCUAUGAGAAGGUUAGCAAAGUAAUCCCAGUCUUAGCCGCCAGACAAUAUGCUUGUCAUCUGAUUACAUUGCGGGUCCCCCACCCAGGGGAAGACAUGCAACUACACCCUGCCUGUCUGGAACAAAGUGUUUAUGGUGUCUUGACAGGAAAGAUGACAAUUCAGGAGUUAUUAGCAUGGAGAUCUAGCAUCGGGCUAAGGAAUUUGUGGUUUGGGAAAUUUUAUCUCAUGGUAAUCCUUCUGAUGUUUGUUUCAUACAGGUAAUAUUUGCAGAUGAGAGGCGGUAAAGUGUCUCCUAAUUUGUGUUUAGUUGUAGCAAUCCUUCCUGGCAGUAAAUAUUAUACAUUUGGAAAGCCUCUUACCCUAUUACCCUUUAAAAUAGUGCCAGAUUUGUAAGAAACAUCCAUUUGUGGGAUGACCAGCUGAGCCAGGUGUGUGCAUUGUGCCCAUGAAAAAAUGGCCAAUCUUCUCUGCCAAUACAAACAAUUUAUUUUGCUGUCGCCAUUGAGUCUUGUUUGGUAUUUGGUGGAUUGGACAAUUGAAGAUUAAAGUUUGAAAUAACAAAAAAUAAUGGCAAUUCCACAAUUUAUUCAUUUAACAAUAAGGAACCUCAGUAGGGUAUGGAGAAAGCAUACACAGCCAGAACCACUUUGCGGGAUCCCAUUCCCAACAUUUGCCAUUUAAAAAGGUAAUAAACAGGCUUUUCCAAUGGUAUAAGAUGUAUUACCAAGAGGAUAAUGACAUUCUUCUUGUAAAGUGAUUUUCUUUUUCCUAACAUGACUUUAUUCUCUUUAAAGGAUUUUUUUCCCCCUGUAUGACAUUAUGACUGUUCUCGUAAAAUAUGUUGUUGUGAUUAAACUGUUGUGCAACCAG